GGCGAUGGCGCGGCGGAGACGGAGGAGGGAGGAGGGGAGCCGGCAGAGAAGGGUCAGCCGCGGCGGCAGGGCGGCGGCGGCAGCGGCGCAGCUCCGCUCCCCGCGCGUCUCCCGUCCCCGCGCCCAGGUAGGGCGCGCAGCCUCCGCCGCCGGGAUGCGGCCGCCCGCCUGCCAGUGGCUGCUCGCGCCGCCGACGCUGCUCGCGCUCCUCACCUGCUCCCUGGCUUUUGGUUUGGCUUCUGAAGACACAAAGAAAGAGGUCAAGCAGUCUCAGGAUUUGGAGAAAAGUGGUGUAUCAAGGAAAAAUGACACAGACUUAAAAGGAAUUGUAUUCGUCAUCCAGAGUCAAAGUAAUUCUUUUCAUGCAAAGAGAGCAGAGCAGUUAAAAAAAAGCAUCUUAAAGCAGGCUGCAGACCUUACACAGGAGCUCCCCAGUGUCCUCCUCCUUCAUCAGCUGGCUAAACAAGAAGGUGCAUGGACCAUACUUCCGUUGUUACCGCACUUUUCUGUAACAUAUAGCAGAAAUUCAUCUUGGGUUUUCUUCUGUGAAGAAGAGACAAGAAUACAGAUUCCAAAACUCUUGGAAACCCUCAGAAGAUAUGACCCUUCUAAGGAAUGGUUUUUGGGAAAAGCAUUACAUGAUGAAGAAGCUACAAUAAUUCACCAUUAUGCCUUUUCUGAGAAUCCUACAGUUUUUAAGUAUCCAGACUUUGCUGCAGGCUGGGCCUUAAGUAUUCCACUUGUAAACAAGCUUACCAAGAGACUAAAGAGUGAAUCCUUGAAAUCCGACUUUACAAUAGAUUUAAAACAUGAGAUUGCCCUCUACAUCUGGGAUAAAGGCGGAGGACCUCCCCUGACCCCAGUGCCUGAGUUUUGUACCGAUGACGUGGACUUCUACUGUGCUACCACAUUCCAUUCUUUUCUACCGCUUUGUGGAAAGCCAGUGAAGAAGAAGGAUAUUUUUGUUGCAGUAAAAACAUGCAAGAAAUUUCAUGGUGACAGAAUACCUAUUGUUAAGCAGACUUGGGAAAGCCAGGCAAGUCUCAUUGAAUACUAUAGUGACUAUACUGAAAAUUCCAUUCCUACUGUGGAUUUGGGAAUUCCUAAUACAGAUAGAGGUCAUUGUGGAAAGACAUUUGCCAUUUUGGAAAGAUUUCUGAAUCGUAGCCAGGACAAAACAGCAUGGUUAGUCAUUGUGGAUGAUGAUACAUUAAUAAGUAUCUCCAGGCUCCAGCACUUGCUUAGCUGUUAUGACUCCGGCGAGCCUGUGUUUCUGGGAGAGCGCUACGGCUACGGCCUGGGCACUGGCGGCUACAGCUACAUCACGGGAGGAGGAGGAAUGGUCUUCAGCAGAGAAGCUGUCAGGAGACUUCUCGCCAGUAAAUGUCGGUGCUACAGCAAUGAUGCUCCCGAUGAUAUGGUCCUGGGAAUGUGCUUUAGUGGCUUGGGAAUCUCUGUGACACACAGCCCUCUCUUCCAUCAGGAAUCUCCCAGAGGCAAGACUAUGGAACAUAGAAGCAAAAAGCAGUGCAUUUGGGAUAUUAAGGCUCGGCCGGUGGAUUACCCUAAGGACUACCUUUCUCAUCAAGUUCCCAUAUCGUUCCACAAACACUGGAACAUCGAUCCAGUGAAGGUGUAUUUCACAUGGUUGGCACCCAGUGACGAAGACAAAGCCAGGCAGGAGACACAGAAAGGUUUUCGAGAGGAGUUAUAAAUCAGGGUGACCUGUGAGCAUAGCCUGCACAGGGAAUGAACUGGAGACUGUGGCCUCAUCCCACUGUGCUGUGCUCACAACACUUGUGUCUGCCACAUGGCAUUGGAUGCUUCCUGACUUUAGGGGGAGAUUUUAUGUAUGGUAUUUUUGGACAGAGGAAGAAAAGGGGUCAUAGGAGAAACAUUUUUUUUUUCUGGGAAAAAACACUUGCUUUUGACUUAUGCAGUUGUUUUAACACUUAGUGAUGACUGUGUAUUCUCCAAGCUGUGACACAGCAGUUUUUUUUUAUUGUCACAGAGAAAUAAAUGGUACCAGAAGUCCCUUUCUUGUUCUGUCUCUUCAUUAUAAUGGAAGUUUCAGUUGGGCAUGAGCCUGGAGAGAUGUGACGGUCUAUAGUUCUAUUUGUAUAUAUAAAAAGAAGAGUGAAAGUCUUUUGACAUGGAUAUUGUGAAUGAUAUGAACUUUUAAACCAUAUUAUUGAUGAUGAAAAUUAUUUCCUGGGAACUCAGUAGGAAUAAUACUGUAUUAAGGAAUAAUACUGUACAUAAAACAUCAUGAAACUCUAGAUAUGAAAUCCCCUGAAGUCUGUAAUCAUGGUGGUUAUGUUUUGUCUAUUCUUUUGCUGUUUGUGCCUCAUAAAAAGAGAAUGAGGUCUUCUGCUAGAGCUUCGUAUUGCUUUGGAAGUUCAUCUGUGUUUUAUUUCUCCCUGAAGGCCUAUCUUUAUGGCCUACUUGUAACAUGAAAGUAGUAGAUGCUGCCAGAAAAUAGUGUCCUCAAUAUUUUAAAACAAUGUUGAUGUGUUUUGUUCAAGUCAGCAAGCUCUAUGUGAGUCUCAGGAAGUGAAUUAAAUUUGGACCUUAUGUUUUACUCUUGUUUUUGUUUUGUUUUUUUUUAAUGUUACUUAAUGACUCUGUCCUGACUCAGAAGAGAAACCCCUUGUGGAAGGACAGCAUGGUGAUCAGGCAAUUUCUCUGGGUUCCCAAAGAAUGACAUUUGAACACAGUAUUUUGAAACAGCUCUAGUUUUCAAAUUAUAUCUUUAAUAUAUAGUAACGUAACAUAUUCAGUAUUAAUGUAUAAAAAGCACUCUAUUUAAUUAUAUAAUUCAGUUUUUGUAAAGGUAUUUGCAUAAAAUUUGAUUUAAUAUGUCUUAAACUAAUUUUGGUAUAGUAAAUUACUUCUUUUUUUUCUUUUUAAUAAAAACUGUUGCUCAUUAACUUUGCUUAUAAUGCUUUUUAUAGCCAAGCACAGAAUUUAAAGCCAUACCACCAAAAGUACCUGUGUGUGUUAAUGUUUUUCUUGUAGCAUAGAUUUGACUCAUUUCCAAAAUGAUGCAAUAGUAUUAGUAUUUACCAUUUUUCCAAACUAGCAACUACCAGAACUCGUGUGUUGCAGUGAUAACACAAUGCAUUGGAUUCAGUUUUGUGAAAAUGGAUUCUGUGGCCAUCCAAGGGAUGUAUCAGGGAUGAUCAGCUGAUGAGAGGCUCCAGAAGGAUUUCUAGAUCGUGUCAAGCCUCUACUGAUGGCCUUAGCUUUGUUCAGUCAUUGUAACUGGGAUUGUUGUCAUUGCUACCUUCAUGUCACCUUCAUGUCAUCUGUAAUAGUACUCCUGGAGAGCCCUGGCUGCCUACACCUGUGGAAAAGAGUCUCCAGUUCUGCUCCAGCCUACUAACUGUUACCACUGAGAGAACAACAUGUUCAUUUGACAGGAUUGAAGCUGGCAUCCGUAUGUGAAGAUCCUUGUCAAGCUUUCUUCUGUGGUCUGAUCAGUGCCUUCUACUGAUACCGGGGCACCUCCUCUGGUACUUUUAAGUGUUUUGUUAAUUAUAUUUACUUUUUGGAAUGGUGUAAGCCUAACCACAAAUAAAAGAUCUUUGCCUAA